AACGUCGUUGCUCUGCACGCUCAUCUCGUUGCUAACCGGAAGCUGAACAAUCUACUUCCUGGUUGCGAAGGUCGACCUUUCUCCACGUGAAUUAAACAAAGUUUUCAAAACGGAUUCCGACGAGGACGUGAUAUUUGUACGUGAAAGUACUGCACCAGCAUCCAGGAAGAUCACUAUUGAUCAGGUGAAGAGAUUUGCUCUGCAAAAAGACAUUGAUCAAGAAUCUCUACCUAAGCAGCAUUGUGAGAAAAACCCAAGGAGUUCUUCUGUAAGCACAUCAAACGACGAGGAGAAAAUGAAGGUUGAGGACGAGGCCGGUGAGAAUCUUCAGAAGAAUAAGAAACACAAAAAAGAACAAACGUCGCCUUGUAAAAUCAAAAAUGCCACUGCUGACUACAAGAAAAAGAAGAAAGUAAAAAAAGAGAACUGGACAAUGGAAGCAGAGGAGUGUUUGGAUGGAGUGGGCGACUUGCAAGAGAAGAAGAAAAAUAAGAAAUCUGUCACUGACUCUUGGAAUCCGGAAAAUGGUUCUGAUGUUUUGGAUGGAAAUAAUGAAAAAAGGCACAAACAGAAGAUUAAAAAGAAUGAGACGGCUGACAAACAAAUGGGAACUACACCAGGACCAGUCAAAAAGGAGAAAACAAGUCCAGAGAAAAAGUUGAAGAAUAAAACUAAACAUAAAAAAGUUUUAGUAGAGGAAGAUGGCUUGGCAAAGAAAGACAAAAAUAAACGUAUUCAAACAGACAGUUCUGACAUUUCCGAUGACACAAAAGAUAUUAAAAAGAAAGAGUGGUUCCAACAUGAAGAUCCAAAGAGUGAGAAGAAGAGCAACAAGGUAAAGGAUUGGGCGACACAAAUGAAAAAUGAACAUGUAAAGAUGGAGGAAGAAGUAGAGAAGGUGCCUAAAAAAGUCAAAAAAGACAAAAAUAAACGUAUUCAAACAAACGGCUUUGAAAUGUCCGAUGAAAAAGAAGAUAUUAAAAAGGAAGAGUGGCUCCAACAAGAAGAGCCAAAGAGUGAGAAGAAGAAAAAGAACAACAAGGUAAAGGAUAAGGGGACACAAAUGAAACAUGAAUAUGUAAAGAUGGAGGAAAAAGUAGAGAAGGUGCCUAAAAAAGUAAAAAAAGACAAAAAUAAACAUAUUCAAACAAACGGCUUUGAAAUUUCCGAUGAAAAAGAAGAUAUUAAAAAGAAAGAGUGGCUCCAACAAGAAGAGCCAAAGAGUGAGAAGAAGAACAAAAACAAGGUAAAGGACAAGGGGACACACAUGAAACAUGAACAUGUAAAGAUGGAGGAGGAAGAAGAAAAGGUGUCCAAGAAAGAGAAAAAUAUGAUGGCAGGUGUGAUUGCAGAAGACCAAAUGAAACACAGGACAAAGAGGAAAAAAGACAAAGCAAAGAAGGAAAUAACGACAAACGAAAAGAAGAAACAAGUCCAGUUAGCGGAGUGUGCAUUAGCAUCAGACACUCAGGAGGUGGAGGAGCUGAAGCAGAAUAAGAAGAAAAAGAAGAAAGCAGGCAAAGUAGAAGGUGAUAAUGAAAAACCGGCAAAGAACAAGCAAGCUAAGACAACUCCAAAGACAAAAGCAGAAAAAGGUAAAAGAAAAUAUUCUGGGGUCAGCACAGAAGAAGAGACACAAUCUGCAAAAAAAAAGAAGAAAAAUCAAAAAGUGUGUGAAGAAGGUGUGUACACGAAACUAAGCAAGAAAAGCAUAAAGAAGAACAAAAGGAUGAGCUCUGGUCAGAAAACAAAGGCAAUUAAAGAAGAGGUGGAAGACCAGCUGUUUCAGGAUGCUCCUCAAGUGGAUGUGGUCUUCUUGUCAGCCAGGACUGGAAACGUAGAUGAGGUCACCAUCAAUCAGGAAAGACGACAGGCUUUACAGAUGGAGAUUGACAAGGCCUCACAGCCUGAACCAGUGGACCAGCCAUCGGGGUUUGGUCAGUGGGGCACCGCCCAGUUUGAAAGCUCCCAACAGCAGCAGAAGUUCCUCAGGUUGAUGGGAGGCUUCAAGAAGCCCCCUCCUGCCACUACCAGCACAGCCAAAACAAAUAUGGCACUGUGUAAGGACACGCAGGAGCAUUUACAGCAAGGACUGGUGCAAGAGUUUGAGCGUGCCCACUCGCGCAGAAUGGACCAUAACAGCAGAGGUGCAGGACUUGGGUUUAGUGCACCGUUCAAUAAAAAAUUCUAUAUUGACAUUAGCACACGUCGGUCAGUCCACUUUGAUGACUGAGCGCUGCUGUGUAGGUCUUCUCAAUAUUGUUUUAACUUUGCAGUAUUUUAUGUCAAAGGACAAGCGGUAGAAAAUAGAUUGAUUGAAUAAACCUUGCUUGUAAAUAUACACACUGUACAAUUCAUAAGCUCUUUGUUUGACAGACAAUUAUGGACGCUGACCAUUUGCUAAAUACACAAAAAAGGGCCAAAGAACUUAAAACUUUUUCCAUUUUAUUUCACUCUUGCAGACAUCUGCAGCAAAGUUACAAGUGUUCUUCAUUUUAUUCUUAAAACAAUUCUGCUCAUUUGUCAUAGGCUCAUAAUGUGCUGAAAAAUAUUUACUUUUAUUUUUUAUGCCAAAUUUUUGUGACUUCACCUAAAAAAUAGAAUCAAUGGAUGUUGUGGGGGAAAAAGGAGCACCAGAAAUUCCAAAGUACAAUCUGAGACGCCCCUAAAAAGGUUUUAUGUUGCAGUCCAGACCGCAAGAUAAGAGUAUGGUUUUUUUGGUGCAAUCUACCUGAUUGGUGGGGUACAAAAAUAAAAAAUGUAGUAUUCAA